AUGGCUAGUAAUUCAUCAACGGAUGAAGACAUAACCAGCAUAUUGGAUUUAUGUGCACUUGAUGAUGAUGAUGAAGAUCAAGAUCAAGAUCAAGAUGAUGACAAUGAGGAUGAUGACGAUGAUAAUGAUGAUGAUGAUGAUGGUGGUGAUGAUGACGAUGAUGAUGAUGAUGAUUGUGAUGAUGGUGAUGACGAUGAUGACGAUAAGGAUGAUGAUGAUCAUAGUGAUAACGACGACGGCGACAACGAUGAUGAUGAUGAUGAUGAUGAUCAUGAUCAUGAUGAUUUUGAUGAUGGUGGUAAUUUUGAUUAUGAUAAUGAAGAUAAUGAUGAUGGUUGUGAUGAUGACGAUAAUGAUGAUGAUGAUGAUGGUGAUGAUGGUGAUGAUGAUGAUGGUGAUGAUGGUGAUGAUAAUGAUGAUGAUGACGACGACGAUGAUGACGACGAUGGUGGUCAUAACGAUUGUAAUAAAAAUGAUUGUGAUGACGAUGAUAAUGAUGAUGAUGAUGAUAACGAUGAUGAUGAUGGUAACAAUCAUUAUGAUGGUGAUCAUAAUGAUUGUGAUAAUGAUAAUUGUAAUGAUGGUGAUGAUGAUGAUGAUUGUGAUAAAGGUGAUAAUAGUUAUGAUGGUGAUGAUUAA